AAGAGGAAAGAGUCCUGCUGUAUUCCCAUUCCCUGGGCAGGCCACUAUGAUAGAGACAAUUACACCACAUUGAGAGUUUCGUGACAGUUUGGGGAAUUAGACUUUUGGAAGGGCUUUGAGAAGUUGGAUAUGGUCUAAUGGAGAAUGGAUGGCCAGUAUGGAGAGGGGAUCAGAAAUCACACCCUGUCAAGAAUCAGGUUGUCCUUCAAGAAGGAACCAUGUCUUGGCAAUUUCCACUUCUCCUUUUUACCACAGUGACUUUGACAUCAGCCUACUCCCAUCUUGAUCCUUUCUCUCUUGAGGAACUUGGCUCGGACACUGGGAUCCAAAUUUUUAAUCAAAUAGUCAAGUCUCGACCUCGUGAGAAUAUCAUUAUUUCCCCUCAUGGGAUUGCAUCAGUCCUAGGGAUGCUUCAGCUUGGAGCUGAUGGCAAGACAAAGAAGCAGCUGACAACAGUGAUGAGAUAUGGUGUCAAUGGAUUUGGUAAAGUUUUAAAGAAGAUUAACAAAGCCAUCGUCUCCAAGAAGAAUAAAGAUAUUGUCACAGUGGCUAAUGCUAUGUUUGCAAAGAAUGGCUUUAAAAUGGAAGUGCCUUUUGUCACAAGGAACAAAGAUGUGUUUCAGUGUGAGGUGCGGAAUUUGAACUUUGACAAUAAAAUCUCCGCCUCCGAUUCCAUCAAUCUGUGGGUUAAAAAUGAAACUAGAGGAAUGAUUGACAACCUCAUUUCCCCAGAUCUUAUUGAUGACAGACUCACCAGGCUGGUGGUUGUCAAUGCAAUCUAUUUCAAGGGUUUAUGGAAAUCACGAUUUCAACCUGAAAACACAAAGAAACGCACGUUUGUGGGGGCUGAUGGGAAGUCUUUCCAAGUACCAAUGCUGGCUCAACUGGCAGUGUUCCGAUGUGGGUCAGCAAGCACACCUAAUGAUUUAUGGUACAAUUUCAUUGAAUUGCCUUACCAUGGAGAAAGCAUCAGCAUGUUGAUUGCCCUGCCGACAGAGAGCAGCACUCCACUCUCUGCCAUCAUCCCUCACAUCAGCACCAAGACAAUACAGAGCUGGAUGACUAACAUGGUUCCAAAGAGAGUGCAGCUGAUUUUGCCCAAAUUCACUGCAGUAGCAAAUCUGGAUCUGAAGGCUUCACUGAAGGCUCUCGGCAUUACUGACAUGUUUGAGCCAUCAAAGGCAAAUUUUGCAAAAAUAACAAGAUCAGAAAGCCUUCAUGUUUCUCACAUCUUGCAAAAAGCAAAAAUUGAAGUGAGUGAAGAUGGGACAAAAGCUUCUGCAGCAACAACUGCCAUUCUAAUAGCACGGUCAUCACCUCCUUGGUUUAUAGUGGACAGACCAUUUCUAUUUUUCAUUCGACACAAUCCCACAGGUGCUGUUUUAUUCAUGGGACAAAUAAACAAACCCUAAAGAAUAUGCAAAAAAAAUGCAGUUUUUCUUUGAGAAGCAAAGACUCCUUUGCUGUGAAGGAAAGACUUGCUGACUACAACUUUAAUAGUUCUGUUGAAUAUUUUUGUACAUUAUUCUGACUCUGUUCCAAAACUAGGUCUUAGGAAAUUUGGCUGGGUUUUUAAUAGAGCCUCCACGGUAGAAGUAUUGCUGUUCUAGGCUGUGUCCUAGGGGGAAAGGGUGGGGAUGGUUGGAGCACUAGAAGGCGUGAAUAGAAAGGCUUAAGACUUCAAAAUGUCUAAAAGAUUCUUCAGACUACUGAAUGGUUACCUAGGCUAACAAAUCUCUUAAGUAUUUACUGUCAAGUUUCUGGAUUUUUUUAUUUUUUUGAAGCUGUGGCUUUUGGAAAAGUUUAACCAGUGUGACUAAAAUUUUUAUGGUAGUGUUGACUUUUUUUUCUAUGGAAAAAAAAAAUUCUUGGAUGCCUUUUUAAUUCUCUUCUUUGCCCUUCAAAGACUUGACAAUAAGCAUUUGGGGGACAGAAAUAACUCAACUCUCAGCCUUUUGUGUGUUUUGUUUUUGUUUUCUAUAAUGCAUGUAUUCACUAAAAUAAAGUUUAAUGAACCAAUGGUGUCUUUACUAGACAAGGUUUGCUGUUCUGUGGUGGGCCUGCCUCUGCUGGCAUGUGCUCUUUCCUGGACUUGCAUUUUUGUAUUUUGUACAAAGGAAACAAUAAAGUGUUUGUAAACAGUGGGAAAAAAA